AUGCGCGUCUUCUCAUCCAUAAGUUUACGCUCUUGUGAAGUCAUCACAUGCAAUAGUGGUACAUGUGUGAGCGAUACGAAUCUGCAAGGACAUUGUAUCUGCCCACCCGAACGAACCGGAGAAUUCUGCGAAUCAGAGAAAACCUCUUCGUUCAAUCUUUAUUUCAACGGUAACCCAUCCACUCAGAAGAUUGUCUCACGAAAAUUCCUUUCGACACUUCUAAGGUAUGUUAUGACUCUAUUAACUUUUUUUCUCUUUU